ACUACACUACCCAGAAUGCAUUUUUGCCAUGCGCAUGCGUGCAGAUCAUUGUGACUCUGUUAACUGGUUACCGCUGCUCUCAAGCAAACCUGAAGACAGCGGUAUUUCCACAGUACGCCCUCCUUUCAUCAGCAGUGAUAACCCUGUCCGCCAAUCGGCGGGCGAGAAGCUCGGCAGCCGUCAAAUCAACGUCCAGCGUGACUGUAGCUGGGCGGUGCUCUCAGAGGCGACGGGCUAGGUGGCGCUCGGAGAGAGGGGGGAGUUUAUUGCGACGGCAGCGAGACCAGUCGGGUCCGGCGGGGACUGCAGCAGGCAUGGGAGAGGCGGAAGAGAAGGGGUUAACCCUGCUGGGGCGGGACACGGGCCCCGCAGCACCCCACUAGCCCGCCUUGCCUCGCGGCGCUGGUCCCCCCUCCCGGCGCGGCCGUCACCAUAGAGACCGCACGCGAUGGGCAGCAGGCUGAGCCGGGGCCCGCGGCGCUAGCCCGGACUGCAGCUGGGGCGCUCUCGCCGCAGGCGUUAACCCUGCCCCCGCCGUCCGACUCGCCCCGUCGGGGUGGAGCCGCCGCCGCCGCCGCCGCCGCCGGUUCGGUCACGUUCCAGCUCAGCUGGUGAAAAAGAGCAUCUCCGCUUGGACCACGACUCAUCUAUUAUCCUCAGGUUAAAUGGAAUCUACCUCUGGGAGCUGGAUGAUCUGUACUGACAGAGACUCAUCAUAGCAGCUCCACCACAUCUGGAGAUUGCAAUGAGUGGGGGAGGGGAGCAGCCAGACAUCCUCAGUGUGGGAAUCUUGGUCAAAGAAAGAUGGAAAGUGUUGAGGAAGAUAGGAGGUGGGGGGUUUGGAGAAAUUUAUGAUGCUCUGGACUUGCUCACGCGGGAAAAUGUUGCACUAAAGGUCGAGUCAGCUCAGCAACCAAAGCAAGUCUUGAAAAUGGAAGUGGCUGUGUUGAAGAAACUGCAAGGAUUAAAUGAGAUGGAAUUCAGAAAAGUCCCAGAGACGUGGAUAAACUCUUCUUUGUUGGCAGGGAAAGACCAUGUCUGUAGAUUCAUUGGCUGUGGAAGGAAUGACAGAUUUAACUAUGUGGUCAUGCAGCUGCAGGGUCGGAAUUUGGCAGAUCUGCGUCGGAGCCAGUCUCGAGGGACCUUCACCAUCAGUACCACCCUGCGCCUGGGAAAGCAGAUUCUUGAGUCCAUUGAGAGCAUUCACUCUGUGGGAUUCCUGCACAGAGACAUUAAACCAUCAAACUUUGCUAUGGGACGUUUCCCUAGCACGUGUAGGAAGUGUUACAUGCUGGAUUUUGGCUUGGCACGACAGUUUACAAACUCAUGUGGGGAUGUCAGACCGCCACGAGCUGUUGCGGGUUUUCGAGGAACAGUACGCUAUGCAUCAGUCAAUGCUCACAGAAACAGAGAAAUGGGAAGGCAUGAUGACCUCUGGUCCCUGUUCUACAUGUUGGUAGAGUUUGUGGUUGGACAGCUGCCUUGGAGAAAAAUAAAAGACAAGGAGCAAGUGGGCUCCAUAAAAGAGAGAUAUGACCACAGGCUCAUGUUGAAACAUCUCCCCCAAGAAUUCAACAUCUUUCUAGAUCACAUCUCCAAUUUAGAUUACUGUACAAAACCUGAUUACCAGCUUCUCAUGUCUGUGUUUGACAACAGUAUGAAAACUUCUGGAAUCAUUGAAAGUGACCCGUUUGAUUGGGAGAAGAGUGGAACUGAUGGCUCUCUGACGACGACAACAACAUCAACAACUCCUCAGUUACAUACUCGCCUGACCCCAGCUGCAAUUGGAAUAGCCAAUGCCACACCUAUCCCAGGAGAUUUGCUGCGAGAGAACACGGAUGAGGUGUUUCCAGAUGAGCAGCUCAGUGAUGGGGAGAAUGGUAUUCCUGUUGGAGUCUCACCAGAGAAACUGCCUGGGUCCCCUGGGCAUCAACGUCCUCAGGAAAAAGAUGUCUGGGAGGAGAUGGAUGCCAACAGAAACAAAAUAAAGCUGGGGAUUUGUAAGGCUUCUACAGAGGAGGAAAACAGCCAUGGACCAGUGAAUGGACUGCUUAAUGCACCAAGCCUGGGUUCUCCAGUUCGAGUCUGCUCAGAGACCACCCAGGCAGACAGGGAUGUCCCACUGAUGAGAAAGUUACGUUCAAUCCACAGCUUUGAACUGGAGAAACGCUUGACCUUGGAAUCAAAGCCAGACACUGAUAAAUUUCUUGAGACCUGCUUGCAGAAGAUGCAGAAAGACUCAAAUGCUGGGAAAGAAACUGCUGUUGCUGCUCCUCCUCUUCCUCAGAAAAUAUCUGUUCCUGCUGUGGCUGCCCGCACUGACCGUGUCUGGCAUUAUGAUGAAGAAUAUCUCCCUGAAGCUUCUAAGCCUGCUUCAGCCAGUUCUCCAGAACAAGUUGAUGGCAUUGUUAGUAAUGGCUUUUUGGCUGUCAACUUAAGCUCCUGCCGGCAGGAGGUUGAUUCCAAAGAAUGGGUGAUAGUAGAUAAGGAACGGGACUUGCAGGAUUUCAGAACCAAUGGGGCUUUAGUACAUAAAACAACUGGAAGUCCCUCAGAUGAGGAGCCUGAGGUUCUACAAGUCGUAGAGGAAUCCCCCCAAGAGGAACAGCUGAGACUGAGUACUUGGGCAGAAAACAAUGUCCAUGCCAAGAAUGAAGCUUUAGGUGUGGGGUUAGAUCUACCUGUUGAUUAUGCUACUGCUGCUUCUAAACAAUUUACAGAUAAAUUAGAAUUUAUGGCUGGAGUUGCUGGCCAGCUUCUUGCAGCCACACCUUCAAGUCCAAUGGAGGCCCAAGCAGAAGGAGCCCUUACUCUGCUCAACUCAUCUCACAUGCUGCAUUUCUCCACUCCGAGAAUUUCAAGUCCCAUCCUCCGCACCCUGAGCCCUAUUGCCCAUCUGUCCUCCUACUUGGACCCUAAGAAAGAGGCUGGGUUAACCAGGAGUCAAUCAGCAGAGAGCCAUUCCUCCUCUUCCCGCUCAACUGGCCGUAGGCAACUUCCUGUCAUUCCCAGUGGAAACAAGUUUCCCCCUGUCAUUCGCAUCUCAAAAGCACAACUCCAACAGAUAACAAUACCCAGACCAUCAGUAGCAUCCACCCAGUCUGCCUCUGAGAGCUUUCAUUGUGUUCACCAGCUAGAGAAGAGGGACAGAGACACUCAUCCUAUGGAACAUACUGUGGAAUUUUCCUCACCAAAGGAGAAUUUGCCUGGAUUGGUAUUGACAGAGGAUGCACUUCCCACUAGUACCAGCAGAACAGAUCUGGUACUUCAGUUAAAUCAUAUCAGCCAUGAGGUGCUUGAUAGGGAAGGGCACGUCAAAGAAUGUGUCAGUCUCGUAGACUGUGGACAAAAGAACCUAUUUGAACAAUGUAGCAGUAGGGAGGAAGAAAAAGAACAUGGAAAUCUCGCUGUAGAAGCUGAAGAAGGAAGGCUUCCAGUGGUUUCUGAGGCUUCCAUAAAAAUGUCUCACAAAGGGCAGAGUUCUUCUUCACAAGGGAGCUCAAAAUUUGUGGAAGGGAAACCUUCAGCUGCUAUUGAAUCUGUGGAUGAAUCACAGCCAAGGACUUCCUGCUUGGUGCCAAAUUCAGAUGCAAACUAUGAGGUACUGAAGUCAGCAGUAGCUGAGACAUCAGAGGUUUCACCAUCAAGAGUCAUAGACCUUUUUGCUGAUAGACAGGAAAGUGAAAUAGUAGUAGUGCAGGAAAAUGGUUUCCAUGAUAAUGAAGAAAUUGAUCAUAGUGAAGACUUGGAAUGCCACCAGAUGGACCUUACUACAUUUUUUCACCAGGAGGGCAAAAGAGAAAAAAAUGCCCCCAGAAAUGGAGAGCUGUUCCAUUGUAUUUCUGAGAAUGAGAGCUCUCAUCAGUCUAAGAGAGACUUGGUUAGGUCACCUUUUGUAGUCAGACAAAGUCGCAUACCAGUUUUAGCACAAGAAAUAGACUUGACAUCAGAGUCCACUUCUCCUGUUUCCGCAAAGGAAAAGCUUCUCCUAAAGAAGGCCCAUCAGACAGAUUUAGUCAGGCUACUCAUGGAAAAGAGACAGCUCAAGUCUUUCCUUGGUAAUCUCUCAAGUGCCUCUGACAAGUCACUGGAGGAAAAAAUGGCUGCUGCUCCUGUACCAUUUUCAGAGGAUGACGCCUUAUCUGCCUUUUCCAGAUUGACACUGGACUCUCAUGUGGGCAAACAAUCUGAGGAUGGCUCUUUGUCACCAAGCAGCUCUCAGUCCAGAAAGAGCAAGAUUCCAAGGCCAGUAUCCUGGGCUACAACUGAUCAAGUCACCAGUGCAACCUCAGCUCAAUUCUUUCCUCGUCCACCCCCAGGAAAACCACCAACUAGGCCUGGGGUAGAAGCCAGAUUACGCAGGUACAGAGUUCUAGGGAGCAGCAACUCAGAUUCAGACCUUAUCUCUCGUCUGGCUCAAAUCCUUCAGAAUGGAUCUCAAAAACCAAGGAGCUCCACCCAGUGUAAGAGUCCAGGAUCACCACAUAGCCCAAAAACGCCACCCAAAAGCCCGGUCAUCCCUCGACGCAGCCCCAGUGCCUCCCCUAGGAGCUCUUCCUUACCCCGUACAACCAGUUCUUCGCCAUCCCGGGCUGGACGGCCCCAUCAUGACCAGAAGAGUUCAUCCCCACACCUUGGGAGGAGUAAAUCGCCUCCUAGCCAUUCAGGCUCCUCAUCCUCUAGGAGGUCCUGCCAACAAGAGCACUUCUGCAGCAAACCAAGCAAGAACGGUCUGAAAGGAUCCAGCAGCUCCUGCCACCACUCCCCAAACACUAAAACCCCCACAGGAAAGAGCAAAUUGGCUAGUAAACUUAGCAGAUAGGAACUGAGCCUUGACAGAUGUAAAAGCCUUCUCGUAAUUUGAUGCAUGUUGUGUCUGUGUAUUGUCUAUUUAAACAAAAAACAAACGAAAAGAUCAGUGUUGAGUCCUUGCUUUCAAAAGAAAGUAAACAUGAUAAAUUAUUUGACAAUUCAUAGUGUGUAAAUGAGUGGCCAGGCAUUGCCUAAUGACAGGCAGCAAGCAGAUCAGGGAGGGUGGUAGAGGUCAGAGAAGGACAAUCAAAGAUGUGUGGAACAUUUGAAGUUAAAAUUAUCUCUGAAGUGAGUGUUCUAAUAGGGUUUUUUAUUUAUUUAUUGUUUUUAUGUUGUAUACUUAGGAGAUUUGGCCUAAUUAUUUAAGGCCUUUCUCAAAGAAAUGUAAUAGAACCUGAAACAUCCGUUUUUAUUUCCACAAUGACACUACCACCUCUGAAAUAGGUACUGCUCAGGCAUUUAUUUGUAGAAUUUUAAAUAAGCACAUUAUUUGGAAGAUGAUAUUUUUAAUUUGUGAAUCUUUUCAGUGUCAGGCUGUGCACAUCUCUUUCCGAGUCAUUCGCUGUUCAUAUCUUUCUCCCCUCCCCCUGCUCCAAUGGUACAGAUUCCCCUACUUAAAAAAACAAUUACACACUUUACCUGUUCUGUAUACUGAUGACAUUUUAAAAAUAAGUUUUAACAUUUUCUGAGUUUUUAUAGUGAUAUUUUGCAGGGCAUUUGUCUUUUGUUAGUAUCCAAGAACCUUUAAACAUCAGUCAUGUUGCUUUUUUCCUUCUGGAUCCAUGGUUCUCCUCUCCAGGCCUGUAUUAUGUACAUUCUGGAGACAGUCAUUCCAAUCUGAGUUAUGGGAGAAAGAAGAAAAAGUCUUCAGGUGGAGGGUUGUUGCAGACUUACCAUAUAUUGCUGUGUGUAUUUGGUCAGAAGUAUGUAAACUGUCUGAAAGUUUGUCUGAGUGCAAAAGAGAGCCUUUGUUACAACUAUCGUUUUCCCAUUAGUUAUGGACCACUUAAAUCCUUGUUGACUUUAUUCACAAUGUUGCUGUCUUGACAUUAAACCCAAGAUGGCAGUGCUGAGAAGGAGUAGAGAGAACUACAAACUCAGAUUCAUUUUUUACCUUGGAAUUUAGCUUAAGUCUAGAAGAUGAACUGUAUGUGUAUUCUCAGUGCUGAAAGGAGAGUGCAGAGCCUGUACACUUGCUAGGUUAUAGACAAGAGGAAUAAAGGCCUUCACUUCCAUUUCCUACAGAAUCUGAAUGAGAAUAUUUGGCAAUAUAACCAGAAGGAAAACAAAUCUCAGACAACUUCCCUGUUUGGAUUUUUGUCUUCCCUUUUGCCCAAAUGUCUCUUAGGGAAGCCAGACCCCUUCUCUGUGAAUAAAGUCCAUGGUGCCUAUUUUCCCCAAACAAUUUCCUUUAGUACUCACUUAAUAUGCUGUAGAGGAUCAUUGUAGGACACUUUAGGGGUAUGGCAGCCUUUAGUAUGUUCAGAAAUGGACAGUGGAUCAGAAUAGUUUAAAACACAGGAGUACAAGUCUGAAAGGGAUACACUAGCAUCCCUAAUGCUACAUGUCCUAGCGGUGCUGGAUGUGUGGAAGCACUGUCAGUUACUGAUCUGCUUGCUGUAGUCGUAUGCCUUUCUAGCCAGCAUCUGUGUUUUUUAUUUAACCUCUGUUUGCUGCCAAACUAGUACCUUUGGAUUGAAAAGGAAAUAUUUUCUCUCUGAGCUAACACAUUUCUAAUGCUGCAUCACAGCUGCCCUGGAGCUGCACUGAAUUUCACUUGUGCUGUCAGUGUGUGUUGGGAUUUUCUUUUUCCUCCUGUGUAUACUGUUUUCCAUAAGUAAUGUAGCACAGUGUGGAACCUUAGAUUCAUUCAGGUUUCAAGCACUGCAGUGGAAUGCAAUAGGUAGGGCAUACCUGCUGUUUCUGAAGAAACUAUAUUAUUGAAAAGGCUUAUUUCUUUGUAUUAUAUUGUAUAAUAGGUACUAUACUAAUGAUUGCAUGUCCUCGUGGUAAAUUAUAUAAUAUAAAUAUUUAUAAAUAUAUAUAUACAUAUGCUUAUAUAAAUUCACUUACUCUUU